AUGGGUAACUGCUUCUCGUCCGGCAACGACGACGGCAACUGUCGCGUCUCUGCGCGCGAGCGACGCCGCGAGACGCGACGGAAGGGCGAUUCUCUGCAAAAUGGCUCUCUUGCAGGGUCGUCAGGCGGCGCGGCGAGCAGCAAGGAGAGGGAGCGCCGCGUGGCGGCUUAUCUGGCGGCGGAGCAGCAGCGGGACGGCCAGCUGGCACUGCUGACCAAUCGGGGGACGGCGAAUGGGUUCUUUCCACGUAAAGGCACCAACCAAGACUCCAUGGUGGCAUGGCAGUCCUUCGCAGGACCCGCCUCCGUGCUGUGCGCCGUGAUGGACGGCCAUGGCCGCUUCGGCCACACAGUCUCUGCACGCGUGAGGGACUCCUUCCCCUCGCUGCUCUCUCAACGCCUCUUCCCGCACGCCAAUGAUGCUGAUGCCGCAUCGCCAUGUGAUGCUGACACCGCAUCGCCAUGCGAUGGUGAUGCAUCAGUGGGGGGUGCUGCACACGUGGCGGAGCAGCAGUGGAGGGAGGCCGUGUGCGGCGCGUUUGAGGCCGUUGAUCGUGAAGUGAAACUGCAUCCGGCCGUUGAUCCCCUCAUCAGUGGCAGCACAGCGGUGGUGGCGAUGGUUCAACACGACCGGCUAUUCCUCGCCAACCUCGGUGACUCCCGUGCCGUGCUCGCCAGACGGGCACACUCACCUGCUUCCUGCGGCGCCACGUCAGCUGCUGACGUGGCUCUUGGUUGUGCUGACACGUCAGCCAAGCCAACCCACAGCCAGCACCACCACCAAUCAGAUCAUCCCAGCUGUCACGCUCUCGAGGCCGUCGCCCUGACUUCCGACCACAAGUGCUCCGACCCAACAGAGGGCGCCCGGAUCCGGAAAGCGGGCGGCAGAGUGGAGGCGCUAGAGGACGAGAGGCACGUGCAGAGGAUCUGGCUGCCCAAUGAGAUGGCGCCGGGCCUCGUCACGUCCCGGGCGGUGGGCGAUUUCCUGCUGAAGGGAUUCGGAGUGACCUGCGAGCCUGAUGUUACCGUGUUACCAGUGGAAGACGGGGACGAAUUCCUCAUCCUGGCGACCGACGGGGUGUGGGAUGUGCUCUCUCACGAGGAGGCUGUCUCUAUCGUUGCCACGUCACCAUCCCCUGCCACGUCAGCGGAACGCCUGGUGACGUCAGCGCAGGAGGCCUGGGCGGCCAAGUAUCCCAAGGCUCGGCGAGACGACUGCACAGCCGUGGUGCUCUUCCUCCGAACCUCCCUGCCGAACCUGAUCCUGGACCUGUCAUGCCCUGGUUCGGGAGAAGCUGGCUCGGGAGAAGGCGCAGGAGCAGCAGGAGACGGUGGGCAGUGCAUGGCCAUGAAGACUGCUUCAACUGGUUCAGCUGCUUUAACUGCUUCGGCUGACCGUGCAACAGAUGCAGGGGAAGGGGACGGGGCAGUGUUGCCAUGUGAAGGUUCUGUCCACUCCGAUGCGGGCUCUGAUGCCGCGGAACAGUGCUUUGCAGCGCGGCAUGGAGAUGCGGUUUUCACAGAUGAAGGGCUCAGAUUCCACCGCAACGACACUGUUGGUGACCUGGCGGCGCUUGAUUGGCAGGACGAGCAGGUGCUGGCGAAGAGGACACUGAGGAGAUGCCAGGUGGAGGAAGAGGACGGGAAGACGAAAAAGAAUGAGCAGCUGAAACGGGGUUUGAGGAUGUUUGAAUGA